AUGGGUGACAACAAUAAUGUUUUAUCUAUUAUUGAUAAGGAAAAUCAACCAGUAAAAGAUGAAAAAACAAAUAUUGAAUUGUUAAAAAACGAAAAUCGUCAAUUAAAGGAAGAAAAUUUGCAACUUAAAAUACAAAUCGAUAAAUAUGAAGACUUAAUUAAAACAUUAAUGUCGAACCAAGAACAACUUGGCUUAAGUUGCGAUAAUUUGAAAAAGAAAAUAAUCGAACUUGAAAAGAAAUUAGAAGAUGGCCAAGACGAUUCAAAUUCUCCUCCAUUAUAUAAAAAGUGA